CAGAUAGUUUUCUGAGCCUGCCGCGAAGCUGUGAUCGCGCACCAUGCAGGUCUGUACGCUGCUUGCAAUCGCUGUGAUCCUGGUCGCGUCGACGGAGUCGAAGCCAACGUGGCACGAUUUGUACCUCAGCAAUUACCAAUACCCCUCGACGGCCAUAAACGUGCAGCCUCAUCUUCUCCACUACCAGGACACCUACUCCCCAUAUUACGUCUACAAUGGUCACACUCAGGACGUAAACGCGAUUCCAACGACUCUCGUCGCUAGUCAUAAGCCAACAGUCCCACAUCUGCCUGCCUACAGCUUCUAUUAUGGCACUCCCGUUUACGAUCUUCGAGUUCCAUUGGGCCCGCUUUAUCCAGCGUUAAAACCGUCCAAACCGUGCUCAGAUCCCAAACCACCCACGAGCACCACGGAAACGACCGAAAUGAAGGACGACGGUGUGGAAAAGUUGGACACGAAGAUCGAAUCUGAAAAGAAAAUGAAGAAACCGAGCGACACCAAGGACAACGACGACGACGAUAGCAUCACCGUCGAGUCGAUAUAAAAAACGAUAAAAACCACAUUUUAAGUGAAUUAAUUUGAAUGAAAUAACGACUGUUUCCCUGUUGCUUACCUUCCAAAAAAUGUGAAAUAAAAAUAAA